AAAAUCUUUUUUAUCCCUAUUUAUUCCAUUUCUUUAUCCAAAAUCCUCUUAGUAAGGAAGAACAUAGUACAAACAAGCAUACCCAAAAUGAUCUUAGUUUCAAUGACUAUGCCACUAACACCAGCAACCCAGAGAAGGCUAAAAGAACAAUUGAACUCCCACUUCUUCUUUCAGCCGCUGCCAGUAAGGCGAUCAGAGGCUGUUUUCUCCACAAAGAAGACGUCUGGAGACUGGCGAGUUGAAGUGCAAGCUUCUUUAAAAACGAAGGCAGUGAAAGGACUAACAGCAGCUGCAUUAACAGCUUCUGCGGUGAUACCAGAUAUAGCAGAAGCAGCAGGACCUGGUCUUACUCCAUCUCUCAAAAACUUCUUGCUUAGCAUAGUAGCUGCUGGAGCUGUUCUUGGUGUCCUUCUUGGUGCAGUUAUUGGAGUUGCCAAAUUUGAUCCUGUUAAGAGAAGCUGAACUAUGUAUCUCUAUAGAAUACUGAAAUUUUCUUUAAGAAUCAUGUCAAUUAGCAGUUAAUACGCUGCUUGGCUUUUAGAAAAAAAAUGUAAUAUAUGAAUGGAGGAAUGCCUCAUAAAAUGAUUAAAGAUUUAAACGAA